GUGAUCCCGAUUAAGUGGCAAGCCUCAUUACCCCAUCUCGCAAACACCUUCGCUCCCCUUUCGGUGGUUCUUCCGGCAAUAUCGACUUGAGACCGUCCAGUCUCGGUUUAUCCCAUUGUCUCUCGGCCCCCAGUCCGACCUUUCAACCCCGCUCAAAGCUCUGCCUAGCACAAGGCGCAACCCCGCCGAAAAUGUCGUUGACAAAUUCCCGUUUUUACGAGGAGAAGUACCCGGAGGUGGACAGCUAUGUCAUGGUCAAUGUGAAGCAGAUCGCCGAAAUGGGCGCAUACGUGAAGCUGCUGGAAUAUGACAACAUCGACGGCAUGAUCCUGCUCUCCGAACUGUCGCGCAGACGUAUCCGCAGUAUCCAGAAGCUCAUCCGUAUUGGCCGUAACGAGGUCGUCAUUGUGCUCCGUGUGGACAAGGAGAAGGGUUAUAUUGAUCUGUCCAAGCGUCGUGUUUCCCCUGAGGAUGUUAUCAAGUGUGAGGAGAGAUAUAACAAGAGCAAGGCUGUGCACUCCAUCAUGCGCCAUGUCGCCGAGGCCACCCAGACCCCUCUUGAGACCCUAUACCAGCAGAUCGGAUGGCCCUUGAACCGCAAAUACGGCCACUCCCACGAUGCUUUCAAGAUCUCCAUCACGAACCCCGAUGUGUGGAACGACGUCGAAUUCCCCAGCGAAGCCGUCAAGAAGGAGUUGACGCAUUAUAUCAGCAAGAGACUUACCCCUCACCCCACCAAGGUCCGUGCCGAUAUCGAGGUUACCUGCUUCGGCUACGAUGGUAUCGAUGCCGUCAAGGAGGCCCUGCGCACUGCCGAGGCCAACAACAACGCCGAAAGCCAGAUCAAGGUCAAGCUGGUCGCCCCUCCUUUGUACGUCUUGACCAGCCAGUGCUUGGACAAGGCUAUUGGUAUCCAGCAGCUCGAAGAGGCCAUUCAACGGAUUGAGGCCAAGAUCAAGGAGUCCGGUGGUGCCUGCACAGUUAAGAUGGCUCCCAAGGCUGUUACCGAGCACGACGAUGCUGCCCUCCAGGAGCUCAUGGAGAAGCGUGAGCGUGAGGUCAUGUUGGUCAGCGGUGAUGAGGAUGACUCCGAGAGCGAUGAGGGCAACCUUGAGUAAAUUGCGCAUGGGUAUGCCGACUGAUACCGUCUGGUGGUCUACGGGCUUGCUCAAAUGAUGAUGAACGGUGGAGGAUACAACAGUUCGUCUAACGAAC